AUGUGUGGAUGUAUCUUCUGUUAUCAUUCACUCUUUGUGUUCCUCUCUGUCCUCCAGCUGAAGUCGUUCCACAAUGAGCUUCUGACCGAGCUGGAGAAGAAGGUGGAGCUGGAUGCACGAUACCUGAACGUGAGUGUCCUUCUAGACCAGUGGUUCCCAACUCCAGUACUCCCAACAGCACACAUUUUUGUUGUUGCCCCGGACAAACACGCAUACCUAAUUUAGGGCUUGAUGAGUAGUUGAAGUUGAGUCAGGUGUGCUUGUCCAGGGGCGACAUUUAAAGCUGCACUAUGUAACUUUGUGGGCAACCCGACCAAAUUCCCAUAGAAAUGUGACUUAUAGAUCUGUCAUUCUCAUUGAAAGCAAGUCUAAAAUGCGGUAGAUCUGUUCUAUGUGUGCUAUUUCUAAUCUUCCCGCGCUUAAGUUUCAUUUUUUGUGUCUUUUUACUGUUGGUUUUGUACACCAGCUUCAAACAGCUGAAAACAACAAUAUUUUUGGUUAAUUAAAAUAUAUUUCACAGCGGUUUAGAUGGUACAAUGAUUCUCUGCACUUGUUUUGUCACAUAAACUGAAAUUAGGCAAACUAUUAGAAUUUUAGCAACCAGGAAAUGGCGGCGCGAUAUCUGCAUAUUGCACCUUUUUAAAAUGUGUACAGUCGGGGGGUACUGGAGGACUGGAGUUGGAAAUAUUGUCCUAGAGAACCAUCAUUCAUUGUUGUCUCCUUUUCAUUCACUUCAGUCACUCUCCCAGUUGUUUAGCACCUUCUAAAUACACCUUUAGAUGUGUUCUCACCUUCACUAUAUGGCAAAAAUAGCAUGUGUUACUGUUCACUUUAGACUAUAAGACGGAGGUGUUUAGCGAGCUUCUAACUAUUGGUUGACACCCCUUACAAAUACUGCUUUUUAUUACCUAUAUUUUUUUUUGUAUAUUAGCUGUUUUAUUAUGACAUUACAGCAGAGUUCAUUUCAUUUUAGUUCAGUUUUAUAUAAUGCCUUUAUAUAAUUCUGUGUCAGUGGUUGUGUAUUCCACAUUUUCGAAUGUGUUGAUGCAGACUGGUGCUUUAACUGUAUUCCAUGUUGGCUGGCUAGUCUUCCCUAUGGAGCAGCAGAAACCAGGAUAGGAUUCACAUUAUCAUAAAAUCAUCAGCUAGAGACAAACUCCACGGCUUUCUUAGCACUUAUUUUAAUUUCCCACAGGUUUUCAUCAUAACCACUCAGCAAUAAAGUUACAAAUUACUUUCCUGUCUUACUUUCCGAAUCAUGAAUUAUGACACAUUUUUUUUAUGAAAAUAAGAAGUUGAAGUUUUAUUUAAGGGAUAAAUACAUUUCUAGAGAUUAUUGAAGAGAAUGUAGGAUUUGUUUUUUUCAAAGCUUUCCCAGACAAUUUCUGUCGUGGAAUUGGGAAGCUUAAAUAAAGGCCUACUAAACUUGAAUGAAUGUCAGCCCAAUGAAGCAUCCCUUCAAAUUAAAGUGUCAUUUUUAGAUGCUCACAAAAGAAAAGUCACUAAUAAAAUAAUACUGUGUCCUCUGUUUGAAAUUCAUAUUGACCUCGUCAGUUCAUUUGAGGCCGUACUUUGGCAGGCCAGCAGCGGAUCAGAAAAGCAUAUGUUCUCUCUCUCUCUCCUCUCUCUCUCUCUCUCCUCUCUCUGCUCUCUCUCUAUCUCUCUCUCUCUCUCUCUCUCUCUCUCUCUCUCUCUGUCUCUGUCUCUGUCUCUCUGUCUCUCUCUCUCUCUCGCUCAGUCUCUCUCUCUCUCUCUCUGCUCUGUUAUUUCAGCGUUGACAAAAGUAAUUAGCCACGCUCAGCUAGGUUUUCCCAUCAGACAGAAAUAAAAUAUUGGAAACAUUGUUUUGUGGCGGGCAGACAGGCCAGGCCACAGGAUUGCAUCAAAAACUCUUGGCAGAGGUGAAUGAGUGAAACACAAAGGCAUUGGUUUGGAACACAAUGAGUCCUACAGCCACUGGUGCCACAUCAAUCAGCAAAUAGGAGGUGGUCAGGUGGUUUGAAUUGGGACUAAACACAUAAUGAAAGUGGUAGAACACUAGUCUAAGGGAGCCAAUGACUGUAUAGCUAUGUUAAAACUGACUCUAUACUCCCACCUACAGGCGGCUCUGAAGAAGUACCAGAUGGAGCACAAGAGUAAAGGAGAGAGUCUGGAGAAGUGUCAGGCAGAACUGAAGAAGCUCCGCAGGAAGAGCCAGGGCAGCAAGAACCCCUCCAAGUACGGAGACAAGGAGAUGCAGGUGAGUGACCGGAGAGAGGAGGGGUGA